GCCAAGAUUUUCAGCCACCCUGAUGUUGUUGUUGAGGAACCCUGGUAUGGUCUUGAGCAAGAAUACACCUUGUUGCAAAAAGAUAUCAAUUGGCCUCUUGGAUGGCCUCUUGGUGGUUUUCCUGGACCACAGGGACCAUACUAUUGCGGAAUUGGAGCUGGAAAGGCUUUUGGACGCGAUAUCGUUGACUCUCAUUAUAAGGCAUGUCUCUAUGCUGGGAUUAACAUCAGUGGUAUCAAUGGAGAAGUGAUGCCCGGACAGUGGGAAUUUCAAGUUGGACCUUCAGUUGGCAUUUCAGCAGCUGAUGAAUUGUGGGCAGCUCGUUACAUUCUUGAGAGGAUUACUGAGAUUGCUGGAGUUGUGGUCUCAUUUGACCCCAAACCUAUUCCGGGUGACUGGAAUGGUGCUGGAGCUCACACAAACUACAGCACAAAGUCUAUGAGGAAUGAAGGAGGCUAUGAAGUCAUUAAGAAGGCAAUUGAGAACCUUGGACUGAGGCACAAGGAGCAUAUUGCAGCAUAUGGUGAAGGCAACGAGCGUCGUCUCACUGGAAGACACGAAACAGCUGACAUCAACACAUUCAAAUGGGGAGUUGCGAACCGUGGUGCAUCUAUUCGUGUGGGAAGAGACACGGAGAGAGAAGGGAAGGGAUACUUCGAGGAUAGGAGGCCUGCUUCGAAUAUGGAUCCAUACGUCGUGACUUCCAUGAUUGCUGAGACCACUAUCCUAUACGAGCCUUGAGUGUGUAGUCGUCUUUUGAGGAUUCAAUGAGUAUUAAUUCUUGGGUGUAAUAUUUGGAGAAAGAAUUGAAUUUCGGAACAACCCUUUCCUCACAAUGUCCUUAUACAGUUAGCUAUCUUGUUAUAUUCUGCUGUUUUCCUGGUUUCCAUUUGUAUUGUACUCAGCAAAGCUGAGGUCAUUGCCUGUGAUUUGGCAAUGGUGUAAAAUAACAGUGUUAAUCUUAUUAUUAAUAACAAUAGGGAAGGGUUUAACUCA